CAAAAACGAGCAGAAUUGGAGUGAUUUGUCGGUUUAACUAAGACUAUUUUUCUAUUGUAAAAAGUACUGUAUAUUAUUAAAGUCCGUAAUUAAUUAAAGUGUUGUUAGAAUUACAUUACUAAUUUUGUUGACGUUGCUGUCUAAUUGAACAACGAUAACGUUGUACAUAUUUUGGACAAAACGUGAAUUCGGGCGUCGACCGGUUCAUCCCUCCUACUUGUAACCGUUGCUGCUGUCACUCUUGUCAGUCUUAGUCGCAGUCGUCAUUUCGUACGUGUCGUGCUCCUCCGGCACACGAAUAAGAGCCGGUGGUUUUUAACAACGUGUUGUGUGGUGUGUCGGUCUGUGCGACCGUUUAAUGUGGUAUACAGUGCCGGUGUUAGGUUAUCGUAAGGGUCGCGCGGCGUGAUUGGGCGCGAUGGUGGACAUGGAUAGAAACGACCCGGAGCUCCGGUACCUGUCAGUCGAUCGGAACAGUUUCAAUGACCCGGCGACGCAGGCCGAGUGGACUCAAAAGAGAUUGGUGUGGGUUCCGCAUGAAUCCCAGGGUUUUGUCGCAGCGGGUAUCAAAGAAGACCGUGGAGAUGAAAUGGAAGUGGAGAUUGCGGAGUCAGGAAAGAGAAUCCUGGUGGCGAGGGAUGAUAUCCAAAAGAUGAAUCCGCCGAAGUUCGAUAAAGUUGAAGAUAUGGCAGAAUUGACAUGCCUCAAUGAAGCUUCUGUUCUUCACAACAUCAAAGACAGAUACUACUCAGGGCUCAUAUAUACGUACUCGGGUCUCUUCUGCGUGGUGGUGAACCCGUACAAAAAGUUGCCUAUCUACACGGAGAAGAUCAUGGAGAGAUAUAAGGGUAUCAAGCGACAUGAGGUCCCGCCUCAUGUCUUCGCCAUCACAGAUACCGCUUAUCGUUCUAUGUUGCAAGACCGAGAAGACCAAUCGAUUCUCUGCACUGGUGAGUCAGGUGCGGGUAAAACCGAGAACACGAAGAAGGUUAUACAGUACCUCGCCUAUGUAGCCGCUUCGAAACCCAAAGGAUCUGGCGCGGGACCGACGCCGCAGUUAAUAAUAGGCGAGCUUGAACAACAAUUACUACAAGCAAAUCCAAUCCUUGAAGCGUUCGGUAACGCAAAGACGGUCAAAAACGACAAUUCAUCACGAUUCGGAAAAUUCAUACGAAUAAACUUCGACGCAUCUGGUUUUAUUGCGGGUGCGAACAUCGAAACGUACUUAUUAGAGAAAUCAAGAGCGAUCAGACAAGCGAAGGACGAGAGGACAUUCCACAUCUUCUACCAACUCCUAUCAGGAGCCACGACGCAGCAGAAAGCGGAGUACAUUCUAGAGGAUCCUAAAAGCUACCCUUUCCUUUCAAAUGCUGCACUACCUGUACCAGGUAUCGAUGAUGCAGCGGAGUUCCAGGCGACGAUCAAAUCAAUGAAUAUUAUGGGGAUGAACAACGAAGACUUCAACUCUAUAUUCAGAAUAGUCUCCGCCGUCCUGCUCUUCGGUUCCAUGCAGUUUAAACAGGAAAGAAAUUCAGAUCAGGCUACAUUGCCCGAUAAUACAGUUGCGCAGAAAAUUGCGCAUUUGCUUGGUCUUUCUGUAACAGAAAUGACGAAAGCGUUCCUAAAACCAAGAAUAAAGGUCGGUCGCGACUUCGUUACUAAGGCACAAACUAAAGAACAGGUCGAGUUCUCCGUAGAAGCAAUCGGUAAAGCCUGCUAUGAACGUCUCUUCAGGUGGUUAGUGAACAGAAUCAACAGAUCCCUAGACAGAACAAAAAGACAAGGUGCGUCAUUCAUUGGAAUCCUCGAUAUGGCUGGUUUCGAAAUAUUCGAUCUGAACUCCUUCGAGCAGCUCUGCAUUAAUUAUACGAACGAAAAAUUGCAGCAGCUCUUCAAUCACACGAUGUUCAUUUUGGAACAAGAGGAAUACCAGAGGGAAGGUAUCGAGUGGAAGUUUAUCGACUUCGGUUUAGAUUUGCAGCCGACUAUUGACCUCAUCGACAAACCGAUGGGUAUAAUGGCCUUGUUAGACGAGGAAUGUUGGUUCCCCAAGGCCACGGAUAAAACUUUCGUCGAGAAACUCGUGUCAUCUCACUCCGUCCAUCCCAAGUUUAUGAAGACCGAUUUCCGUGGUGUCGCUGAUUUCGCAAUCAUCCACUACGCUGGCAAAGUCGAUUACUCAGCUGCACAAUGGCUGAUGAAGAACAUGGACCCCCUGAACGAGAACGUUGUAUCUUGUCUACAGUCCUCUCAAGAUCCCUUCGUGUGUCACAUUUGGAAGGACGCUGAAAUCGUCGGCAUGGCACAGCAAGCUUUGACAGACACGCAGUUCGGAGCGAGAACCAGAAAGGGAAUGUUCCGAACAGUUUCCCAACUGUACAAGGAGCAGCUGACGAAACUGAUGGCAACGUUGAGAAACACUAAUCCGAACUUUGUCAGAUGUAUCAUUCCUAAUCACGAAAAGAAGGCCGGCAAAAUUGAGGCACCUUUGGUCUUGGACCAGCUUCGAUGCAAUGGUGUACUCGAGGGUAUAAGAAUCUGUCGCCAGGGUUUCCCUAACAGGAUUCCCUUCCAAGAGUUUAGACAGCGUUACGAGCUGCUUACACCGAACAUCAUACCCAAAGGUUUCAUGGAUGGUAAGAAGGCUUGCGAGCAAAUGAUCGAGGCUCUGGAUCUCGACUAUAAUUUGUAUCGCGUUGGGCAGUCGAAGAUCUUCUUCAGAGCGGGCGUGUUGGCGCAUCUGGAAGAGGAGAGAGACUACAAGAUUACGGACUUGAUCGUGAACUUCCAAGCAUUCUGUCGCGGGUACCUCGCGAGGAGAAACUAUCAGAAGAGACUGCAACAGUUGAACGCUAUCCGGAUAAUCCAGAGGAACUGUGCAGCGUAUCUCAAGCUUAAGAACUGGCAAUGGUGGAGAUUGUAUAUAAAGGUAAAACCUCUAUUGGAAGUAACGAAGCAAGAGGAGAAGUUGACGCAGAAGGAGGAUGAGUUGAGACAGAUCCGUGAGCGGUUAGAAUCGCAGAUGAAGAGGUGCCAGGACUACGAAGCCAAGUAUCAGCAGGCCAGCGCUGAAAAGACACAACUCGCUGAGCAACUACAGGCGGAGCUCGAACUGUGCGCGGAAGCCGAGGAGAGUCGUGCUCGGGCCGCAGCGAGGAAGCAGGAACUGGAGGAGCUGCUUCACGACCUGGAGGGGCGCAUCGAAGAGGAGGAGGAGCGUUGCAACUCGUUGCAGCAGGAGAAGAAGCGUCUGCAGCUCAAUAUACAGGAUCUGGAGGAACAGUUAGAGGAAGAGGAGGCAGCUCGUCAAAAGCUGCAGCUGGAACGCGUGCAAUGCGACGGGAAGCUUAAGAAGCUGGAGGAGGAACUCGCUCUCAGCGAGGACACCAACCAGAAGUUGGUUAAAGAGAAGAAGGUUCUAGAAGAACGGGCAAAUGACUUAUCUCAGGCCUUAGCCGAGGAGGAGGAGAAAGCCAAGCAUCUCAGCAAAUUGAAGGCCAAGCAAGAGUCCGCCAUCGCCGAGCUCGAGGAGAAAUUACUGAAGGAUCAUCAACUGCGCCAAGAAGUGGACCGGGCCAAGAGAAAGCUGGAGACGGAGCUGCAGGACGUCAAGGAGCAGCUGUCCGAGAAGAAGGCGCAGGUGGAGGAGCUGCAGAUCGUCCUGACCAAGCGCGAGGAGGAGCUGCUGGCGGCGUGCGCGCGCGCGGACGACGAGGGCGCGGCGCGCGCGGCGGCGCACAAGGCGGCGCGCGAGGCCGAGGCGGCGCUGGCCGAGGCGCACGAGGACCUGGACGCCGAGCGCGCCGCGCGCACCAAGGCCGAGAAGCUGCGCCGCGACCUCAACGAGGAGCUCGAGGCGCUCAAGAGCGAGCUGCUCGACUCGCUCGACACCACGGCCGCUCAACAGGAGCUCCGGUCGAAGCGGGAGCAGGAGGUGGCGGUGCUGAAGCGCAGUCUGGAGGAGGAGGCCGCGGCCCACGAGGCAGCGCUCGCGGAGCACAGACACAAGCAUUCUCAAGAGUUGCAGCUGCUUAACGAGCAGCACGACCAGAUCAAGAAAGCCAAGGCUGUCCUGGAGAAGGCAAAGCAGUCGCUGGAGGCGGAGAACGCGGACCUGGCCACGGAGCUGAAGAGCGCCAGCGCGGCGCGCGCGGAGGGCGAGCGGCGCCGCAAGCAGACCGAGGCGCAGCUGCAGGACGUCGCCGCCAAGCUGCAGGACGUGGAGCGCGCCAGAUCGGAAUUAGCGGACAAGUGCAUCCGUCUUCAAAGCGAAGCCGAGCAGGCGUUACAACAGCUAGAACAGGCGGAACUUAAGGCAUCUGCUGCUGCUAAACAGGCGGCAACAGCUGGAUCACAGCACGCAGAAGUUCAGGCAUUGCUGGAAGAGGAAACGAAGCAGAAGCUAUCGCUGCAGACGCGCCUGCGCAACGUGGAGCAAGAGUUGGAGCAAGCGCGCGACCAGCUCGACGAAGAGGAGCAGGCCAGAAAGAACCUGGACAAGCAGGUCACAGUGUUGACUCAGCAAUUAACUGACGCAAAGAAGAAGGCAGAAGAGGAAGCAGAAGCAGCAGCGGUGCUUGAGGAACAGCGCAAGAAGCUCAGCAAGGACAUUGAGGCGCUGCACUGUCAGCUCGAUGAGCUGAAACAGGCAAAUGACAAGUUGGACAAGAGCAAAAAGAAAAUCCAAGAGGAGUUGGAGGACACCAACAUUGAGUUGAGCGCGCAGCGUGCUAAGGUGCUCGAGCUGGAGAAGAAACAGAAGAACUUCGACAAGGUGGUGUCGGAGGAGCGCGCGGUGGCGGAGCGCUACGCGGCCGAGCGCGACGCGGCCGAGCGGGAGGCGCGCGACAAGGAGACGCGCGUGCUCUCCCUCACGCGCGACCUGGACGUGGCCGCCGAGAAGAUCGAGGAGUUGGAGCGUUCGAAGCGACUCCUGCAGUCCGAGUUGGACGAGCUCGCCAACACACAGGGCACGGCCGAUAAGAACGUUCACGAAUUGGAAAAGGCGAAGCGCGCGCUCGAGUCACAGCUCGCUGAACUCAAGGCGCAGAACGAGGAGAUCGAGGACGAUCUACAGCUCACCGAGGACGCUAAGCUGCGUCUCGAGGUCAACAUGCAAGCUAUGCGUGCGCAGUUCGAGCGAGAUCUCCAGGCCAAGGAGGAGGCUGGCGAGGAGAAACGUCGCGGUAUUGUCAAGCAGCUGCGAGAACUGGAGGCGGAGCUGGAGGAGGAGCGUAAGCAGCGCGCCGCCGCCGCCGCCACGCGCAAGAAGCUGGAGUCGGACCUCAAGGACGCGGAGCAGGCGCUGCACCUCGCUAACAAGGUCAAGGAGGACGCCGUGAAGCAGACCAAGAAGCUGACGGUGCAGUUGAAGGAGGCGGCGCGCGAGGCGGAGGAGGCGCGCGCGGGACGCGAGGAGGCGUCGGCGCUGGCGCGCGAGGCCGAGCGCCGCGUCAAGGCGCUGGAGGCCGAGGCGCUGCAGCACGCCGAGGAGCUGGCCGCCGCCGAGCGCGCGCGCCGCCACGCCGAGGCCGAGCGCGACGACCGCGACGACGAGCUCACCGCCACCGGCGCCAAGGUCACAUUAUUAGUGGACGAGAAGAAGCGGCUAGAGGCGAGGAUAGCAGCGCUCGAGGAGGACCUGGACGAGGAACAGUCCAACAACGAGAUACUUAACGACAGGCUCAGAAAGUCACAGAACCAAAUAGACCAGCUCACAAUGGAGCUGGGCACGGAGAAGGCGGCGACGCAGAAGUUAGAAAGCGGAAAAUUGGUGCUCGAACGACAGAACAAGGAGCUGAAGGCCAAGCUCGCCGAACUGGAGACCGCUGGACGCGCCAAGACCAAGGGCGUGAUCACGUCAUUGGAGCUGAAGGUGUCGAACCUUGAAGAGCAGCUGGAGGCAGAGUCUCGCGAACGUCUCGCGCAGCAGAAGGCGUCGCGGAAACUCGACAAGAAGAUGAAGGAGCUCGCGCUGCAGCUGGACGAGGAGCGCAGACAUGCUGACCAGUACAAGGAGCAGAUCGAAAAGAUGAAUGCGCGCGUGAAAGCCCUUAAGCGCUCAGUGGAUGAGGCGGAAGAGGAGGUGCAGCGGGAGAAGGUCGGAAAGCGCAAGGCGCAGCGAGAACUGGAGGACCUGCUCGAGACGCACGAGACCCUCGCUCGGGAGUGCUCCAACCUGCGCAACAAGCUUAGACGGCAGGGCGGGCCCAUGGGGCUGUCGGGCGCUUCGUCGUCGUGCCGCGUGAAACGCACGUCGCUGGCGCCGGGCGCGGGCGCCGCGUCGGGCGACGAGUCGUUCGACGACGGCACGGACGCCGCCAACUCGCUCGAGUGACCGCCCCCGUCCAGACCACGAUUCUAUCUAACGUUAUUUUGAUAAUUGUUCACAAUAUUGUUUACCCUUUUUUAUUCCUUUGUAAUUAUAAAUCGAUUACUCGAUUGAUAAAUGUUUAUCCGAUCGCCAUGUUUGAAAAUUUGUAAGAGUAAACGAAGGUUCGAUUCUGAGCUUGCACGUCAGCGUUGGAUAUGUUUUGCUAUCUCGGUGUUCUAACGGAAGUACAAUUUUCAAAUUAAUUAUCUUUGCCUAUUUUUUUUUUUUUGUUUAAUACGAAAUAACUUUAAAUAUCGAAUCGUGUGCUCGGGCUUCGAACCGUUAAUUUGUAUGUACAAUGUUGUAGUCGACGAUCGCUUGAAACGUAAAUCUUAAUUAUAUUAAUAUUAUUAUUAUUAUAUUGUUUUGCAUGCCUACAGCGUUGUAUAAAUGUUUUACAUUACCGUCGCUUAAUUGUAAGUUAAGUCGGGAGCCUAAUUCUGUAUCUACGAUUGCAAUUGCGUUGUGCUAAAAGUUCUUUUUUUUAUUGCAAACAUGUUAUAAGUCGAGUAAAUUUUAAUUAUAAUUUGUAUUAGUAUUCAGAGGAAUACUUUACAUAUUUUUUUUUAUAUAAGACGUCGAUCGCAAUAACGAUUGUAUAUACAUAAUAAGGUUAUAUUUAACGUCAGUAUAUAAUAUAACGAAUUUUUACUUUUUUUUUUAUUGAAGGAAUUGCACCGAAAUGAACUGUUCGUUCAUAACUGAUUGCGGAUUGGUGCUCAUUUUUAAAUUGCAUAUAUUGUGGUGUGAUGUGGCGGAAUUGUUGUUUGUUUUGUUUUUUUUUUUACAAGACUUUUGCCUUUUAAAAAAUUUUAAAUCUGCUGUCGAUCUAUUCCAAUUUUAAAUAUUUCGUCAUCACAUCGCAGGAUAGAAAAAAAAAAGAAAUUGUCGAAUCCCUUUCGGUCUGUUUCAUUGGUUAUAUUUCCCACACCAGUAUUAAUAUCGAGACAUUCCUGAACAAUCGAGUUAGUUUCCAGUCGACUAGACUUAGUCGGACGGGUGACGAGUUAAAAUUUACUCAUUGGGUGAUAUUUUGAUGAAAUUGGACGUACUAAAGUUAUUGAAGUAUUAUGUUUUGUGGCAAAUUAGAAAUUUCAUACUGCAUUUAUCGCGACUGACUACAAAGACUGCCGUUGCGACAAUAUUUUUUUUUAUAAAAAUGACCUUUUCCGAUUUGUUAAUUUCACAUCGGGGCACGUUCAACCCUAUUAUACAACGAUCAAAACGAUUUUAAUGAAAUCUUAUCGCAUCGGGUCGAUAGUGCCCCCAUUAUGGUGUAAAUAAUAUCAGUGUGGUGCACUGAGCGCUUAGUUGCCAUAAAUUUUUUUAACACUAGUUUAAGUAAUGGUUAGCUGUCAGAUUCUCGCUAAUAGCUAGCCGGAGACGUGUUGGUACAAUCGAAAUGCGUCCGAGGCGAUGUUUGUACUUACUGGAUUACGAAACGUUUAUUUUUUUUUUUGAUAAUAUUUUAUCAUUUUAGAGUGUAUAGGGACCUGUUCGCCUCGUAUAAAGAACAAAUUGUCGAUUCGUAUCGACCCGGUCAGGUUUCGUCUGUUUAUGAUUCGCUCCGUCAGCGGAAUGUACAUACGCGCUGGCGAGGUGAUAUUUUUUUUUUACACUAGCUUUUGGUAUUAUCGUUGCGAAGGUAUGCGCUAGAAUGCCGCUUCAAUUAUAAACUAGAUUUAGGUUAAACUUAGUAAUAAAUUGUGGCCUUAGGUUUUUAUCGUGGUACGCGUCUAACGUUUGUUUUUCGUCGCCGACGCAAAUUUAUAUGCCUUUUAAAAAAAAAACUUUCAUCUUUUGAAUAUUUUAUACAAUUGUAUCCCGAGUCUUAAUUAAUGUAACGACCCCUUUUUUAUUAUAUAGUUUGUUUCUGAAUAAUAAUAUAAAAUUAAAAUGUAAGUAAACCAUUGAAGCAUAAACAUAUUUUACAUAAAUAUUAUAUUUAAUUAUUAACAAUAUUGAUAAUUGUAAAAUUGGUCAUAGGUUGUAACAAGUUGUCAGUUGGUAUGCCAAUUAAACAAUUUUUCAUGAUUUUUAA